CAUUAAUCUGGCAACAUUGCCUUAAAAUGUCAUAUUCUGUUGACAACGAAAUAUCCCAAGCUGCGUCUAUUUUAUUUGAAAGUAAUCAAAAAUACACUCGGAUGGCUGAGAAACCGCCUGAGGAGGGCUACAUCUCGGUCGUGGAUGAGGAGCCGGAGAUAUUUGAGUUGUUAAAAUGGGAUUCCUCUCAUACACAAAAACAACAGGAGCCCCGACCAGUAGAGAAAGCGCGAAGCCCCGAGAAAAGGCCCUCGAGGUCCCGGGAGGAGGUUGAUCCCUUCGACUUGCCAGACCAGACGUUCAUUGAGACUUACAGACUGUCUAAAGACCUAGUUCGUAACCUGAUAGAGGAGGUGGCACCUGUCAUGCCAGACUCCUUGAAGUCCCUUGAGUUCUCAGUGGAGAGCAAAGUACUGGCAGCAUUAUCUUUUUAUGCAACAGGCAAGUUCCAGAAGUCAUUUGGAGGCAAAAUUGACCCGAAUCUCACAGCAUACUUUGUGGCAACGGCAAUGCAACAGGUCACCGAAGCUAUGAACCAUCCAACCAUUGUGAAGAAGUACAUUCACUUUCCACAUUUGAGGGGCGAGAGAGAUAUAAUAAAAGCAAGGUUCUACAUGAAGUAUGGCAUACCAAAUGUGGUAGGUUGCAUCGACUGCACGCACGUGCCCAUUAUGCCGCCGAACGACGACCGCAAGGCACAUUUCAAUAAGUCCUACCACUCCAAGAAGGUGCAGAUUAUUUGCGACAGCGACUGCAACAUCCUGAGCGUGGAGGCGAGCGCGGGCGGCGCGUUGUCCUGCGACGCCGUGCUCAACCGGCACGCCGUGCGCGUCGACCUUGACUCCCUCAACAACGCCGGCGAGCAGUGCUGGCUUAUUGGUGGCCCAUUUUACACACAGAAACCGUACAUCAUGACGCCGAUACCGAAAAUGACGAAAAAAUCGCCCAUCACACCGGAAAAGUAUUACUCGAAUCUCCACACGCAGACAUUUUCAGCGGUGACCGAGACAAUAAAACAGCUGAAGAGCCGGUGGAAAUGUCUGCAGGCCACUUGCAAUAAACAGAUCGAACCACCAUCCGUUACUAUGAUCGUGGUGGCCUGCUGUGUGUUACAUAACAUCUGUAACGGGCGGGGCUUACCAGUGCCGCCCAUGACACAAACUGAGGAGCGUCUCGAAGCGAUGAAACAAAAGGUGGCCAAUGGCCCGAUACCGAGGAAGCAGGUUGAGCAUCCAGCUGGGAUCCAAGCGAGGUUAUCUCUAGCGGAGCGGCUGUGGAACGAGCGGAGAGUCAUGCCGGAGUGUUCUGUGCCUAAGAAGCGGAUGUCCAAGAAGGACAGGUUGCUAGAAGGUCACCAGCACCAACAACAGCCGCCGCCGGCCGCCAGCCAGCCGCCUCCGCUACAUGAUGAUAGUAAGCGCCCGCGUAUAAUUAGCGUCCACACCACAAACUACAACUUGGCGAUGCCUGGCUGGGGACACUAUCCGCAGUAGGCAACCUUCCAGCGCUUGAGUACAACCUGGUAUCAGUUGAUGAGCCAGUUUAGGCGUCGGACGUGGCUUAAUCGGACUGUAUGUAGCUUCCGAAUGACAGAAUCUU